AUGCUGAACAGUUCCUUUCCGCUAAUUGAUACUGUUGACGUAAAGGUGAAUCUGCAGAUAAAACCACUAAUUGCAUUUUGCAUUUAUGUUCCACCGUCUGUAGGACUUGAUGAGUUUGAGUGUUAUUUGGAUGGUCUUGAAACAAUUCUAACAACUUUUGGUAAUUAUAAUAUUGUUAUAAAUGGUGGCUUCAACGUCCCUUCCUUUAAUAUCCAGUUCAAUGACAGAAAAUUCCAAUCCUUGAGUCAGUUCUGUGCUUUCUCGGACCUCACCAAUUUUAACAGCAUUGUGAACUGCAAUGGGAGACUACUCGAUUUAGUAUUGACCAAUUUUAAUAUUUUAGUGAUAAGAGAUUGUUAUCCUUUAGUUAAGGAAGAUAAGUAUCAUCCAGCUCUCCAAUUUAACUUCACGGUUGGGAGUAUGAAAAAUAAUUUUAAUUUGAAGACCGACUCUAGAUAUAACUUCCGUCGUGCUCGUUUUGAAUAUUGA